AUGCGUACUCAGACGGACUUCCCGCUCAACGACGACAUCAUAGACAUCACUCUGCACGCAAUUGACAAUGUCAACACUUUGUUCUCGUUCAUACUGUCGAGCAAGGUUAUCCAUGCCGUUUACGCGCGCCGGCCGAUAUCGAUUCUCCGCUCGGUCACCAUCAAUCAAGUCGGGCGUGACAUUAUCGCUCAAGCAUUGGCACUAGUUCGAACACAGCUCGACGACGCACUCAGGCAUACCGGUACUCCCGCUGACGAGAAUACCAUCCUUGAGAAACCUAUCAGAAGAGAGGAAGUGCGGCAGCUAGUUGGAAACGCGAGGUCGAUCAACGAGCUAGAAGACCUCUUUAGCUGGAGGUACAAAAAUCGCACCAACAACCGGUCGCAGCUGACCGCAGACGAGUCACUUCGCUUCCACCGAGCAGCAUAUAGGUACUGGACCUAUUGUCGAGUUUUCGGUCUCAUCCCCGGGGAACCGCAGCCCGCGGACUCCUUAGACACCGAUGCCCUUGGCCUCCGAUAUUUGGAGCAAUUUCCUGACGAUGAAUUACGGGCAAUCGAAGCUGUGGUACUCUUUGCUCGUGAGACGCUGCUUUGGACCUCCAAAGCAACGACUGGGAUUGCAGGCGCGGUUGCAAACCGAUGGGAAGGUGAAAGGAACAUGAACUUGGCGACAGGCCCUGGCGAGAUUCUUGACUGUUACAAAUGGCUGCAUAUGAUAGAUUGGGACAGCUACAUCGAUCCUGACGAGGAGCAGGAAGAGGAGAUCAGAAUACCGUUCCCCUUCCUUCUCGAGAAGAUAUGGGAGAUACAAGAGCGACGUGAGGAAGAGCGAUCUAAACAGGAUGGCGAAGGUGAAGAUCAAAGCACGAUUCAAGAAGCGCACUGGGCAACUCUCUUCGCCUCUGGCGGCGAUCGUUGUCAACGGGCUGUCAACGCUCAAGAAGACCUAUGGGGAAAUGAGAAUUACUCGCUGCUCCCGGGUAGAAUCACUUUCGGCGAUAUUUGGGAGAUGAUGCCCGAAGAUCUACGCACCAACGAUCUGGAGAGGCGCAAUUUCUUCGCUCUUCUUCAUCCCCCACAUCGCCGGACGACCGUAGCCUGGGUUGCGCCCAUAAUACGACAAAUGUCCACGGGCAACGUCGAUUACAACGAGCUGGGCGUUGACGACGAGCCGGAUGACGAUGGUCCAAGCCGGGAUCAUAUGAAACUGGAGCGACACGCUGCCGGUGCGCAUCAGGGAGCCUCGGGUAUGAUCACCGCACCGGAUGGACGCGGAUGGCUUUGUACGCCAUGCCUUGCCAAAUUCAUGGCGGAGCACAUAGAAUCAUGGUGGUCAGCGCUCAAGGUGGAUGUCGGCCUGGCCCCGGGACAGUACUGGCUCGGUCGCCAUAGGAAGUCUCCCGCUUCCUCAACAGAAGACGGCUGAGUGUUGCCUUCGAAUCCUCUCGACCACUUAGCGAGAGCCUGGAAUAUCAGCGAGAAGGGCCCCAGCUUAGAGCCCGUGGAUCUCCUUUCUCGAUCUAACCUCAAUGGAGUAAGCGGAAUUAUAUACGUACAUAUAUUGUACAUUUUCCUGUCCUCGUACACGAAUACCCG